AGCUUGGAGGAUUGUGUGGUCAGCGCCACUGUGUAAGCUUUACAGCAAGGUUUAAAUGAGUUACUUGUGUUCCCUAUUCUAGACUAUAAUGAUGUGAUGUGCGGGUCUGCUAGUGAGGAAUCGCUGAAGAAGAUCGAUACAAUGUGUAACAGGAUGUGUAUCUGUGUGCUCCCGUGUACUCCGCUAGCGCAUCACUGCAGCGCGUAUUCUACAUUAAACUUGCGAUCGCUGCUAACACAAGGAAUUAUCACUGGAAUCGGAUUCUCUUUAAAGGGGCACACAACACAUUACCAGUUUAUUUAAACAGCUUGUUUCUGAGUUUACCUGUAAAUACAGCCUAUCGUAAUGUCUGAGACACACAAUACUUUAAUAUACCGUCUGGAAAAAGUGCUGCGGGAAGAAAGUCUUUUUUUAAUAUCAUUUGUUUAAUUCCUAAUUUUAACAUUGUAAUAUUUGUUGGGGGAUUUAGAAACAGUUUCAUAGAAUAUCUGAUUCUGCAGUUUCUGCUCCCCCUGCUUGUCUAAACCUGGCCUCAGUCCCAAACCCCGCCUCUCAGAGCUUUACACAACUCCAGGAAAUCAGCGCAGUGAAGUUUCGUUUCUUGUGAAAUCGUCAGUCUCUCUGUCUCUCUGCAGCAGAAAUGGCAGAAGCGAAUAUUCUCGUAGCGCAUGACCAGUUUAGCUGUUCAGUGUGUCUGGAGCUAUUGAAGGACCCAGUCACUAUUCCAUGUGGACACAGUUACUGUAUGGGGUGUAUUAAGAACUGCUGGGAUCAGACUGAUCAUACAGGUGUCUACAGCUGCCCCCAGUGCAGAAAGACCUUUACCCCAAGGCCUGUUCUGCGCAGAAACACCAUGCUGGCCGAACUUGUAGAGGAAUUAAAGAAGACAGGACUCAAUCCUCCUCCUGCUCAAAGUUAUGCUGGACCUGGAGAUGUGCCGUGUGAUUUCUGCACUGGGAGAAAGUUCAAAGCUGUGAAAUCCUGUUUGUCAUGCCUGGCCUCUUACUGUGAAACACACGUCAAGCCACACAGUGAGGUUACUCCAUUAAAGAGGCACAAGCUGAUCAAUGCAAUUGGAGAUCUGGAGCAGAAGCUUUGUGCUGAACACCAGAAGGUUUUGGAGGUCUUCUGUAGAACCGAUCAGACGUGUAUUUGCUUGUUGUGUACACAAGAUGAACACAAGAGCCAUGAUACAGUCUCAGCUAAGAAAGAAAGGCGUGUGAAACAGAAGCAGCUGGGAGAGACACAGACAGAAAUACAACAGAGAAUCCAGGAGAGACUGAAAGAAAUUGAAGAGCUGAAACAGGCUGUGGAGUCACUGAAAAGAUCUGCAUGCAUAGAAAUAAAGGAAAGUGAGGAGAUCUUUACUGAGCUGAUCCGAUCCAUUGAGAAGAUCUACACUGAGGUUAUUGAGCUGAUUGGAGCUAACGUGAAGGCUGCAGUGAAUCAGGCUGAAGGACGCAUGAAGAAACUGGAGCAGGAGAUUGCUGAGCUAAGGAGGAGAAACGCUGAGCUGAAACAGCUUUCAGAGACAGAGGAUCACAUCCAUUUUCUACAGAAUUUCCAGUCUCUCUGUGCCCCUCCUGAAGCUGGAGACUUACCCAGCGUUACUGUCAAUACAGACAUCUCUUUUGGGGCUGUGAGGAAAGCUGUAUCUGAACUUAAAGACCAUAUUGAGGACUUCUGCAAGGGGGAAUUAGUCAAAAUAACCAAAACAGUGAAUGAAGUUGCAGUUUACAGUCUGCAGGCUCCAGAGCCAAGGAACAGAGCUGAGUUUUUAAAAUAUUCCUGUCAGCUCACACUGGACCCCAACACAGCAUAUAGAAUCCUCUGUCUGUCUGAAGGGAACAGAAAGGUGACACUGAGGGGAGAGACCCAGAGAUAUCCUGAUGAUCACCCAGAGAGAUUUGAUAGCUAUGCCCAAGUGCUUUGCAGAGAGGGUUUGUCUGGGACUCGCUGUUACUGGGAGAUUGAGUGGAGUGGGGGAGGGGCUCUUAUAGGAGUCACAUAUAAAGGAAUCAGCAGGAAAGGAUGGGAUCAUUCCUGUCUCCUUGGAUUCAAUGACAAGUCCUGGAGUUUGCGCUGCUCUGAUUCCAGUUACACUGCCCGGCACAAUAACAAUGAAACUGCAAUAACUGCCCCCCGCUCCCCCAGAAUAGGAGUGUAUCUGGACUUUAAUGCCGGCACGCUGUCCUUUUAUGGCGUCUCUGACACAAUGACCCUCCUGCACAGAUUCCAAACCACAUUCACUGAGCCGCUCUAUCCUGGGUUUAGGCUUCAUUGCUAUAAUUCCACUGUAACAAUCUGCCAGCUGAACUAGACUGUUUUGUGUUGUAAGAAACCCUUUGUAUUGAACUCCCUGUCUGUCCUCUCCACUCCUCGGGUGAAGGGAAUGUUCAAUCUGACACAACUUUGGAUGAAAGUUAGGGGGUAAAACGGCGCCACCUGCAGAGCGAAACGAGGGGAAUUAUUUGUUUUUAGCAACGAAUGGAUUUCAUACGAAGUAACUGUAUUUAAUUUAUUUUUUAAGAAUUGUUAUGUUUUAUAUAUAUUUUAAAAAAUGGCAUCCAAUAGUCAGGGCUGUAACAGUUUUUAAAAAAGUGAACUUAAGUUUGCUUUAUUGUGUGUGUGUUUUUGUUCUUUGUUUUCCAUAAAAUGUUUGUUCUGUUUAUUUUUUUCAGAUUUUAGUAAUGUGAUUUAAUAAAAAAAGUAAUUUGAUUAACUGUGACUUUUUCUUAUUUAUUUAUUAAAGCAUAGGGAGGCAUUGUAAAGCACAGAGAGGUCUGGUAAAGCAAAGGGAAGCAUUGUAAAGCACAGAGAGGUCUGGUAAAGCAUAGGGAAGCAUUGUAAAGCACAGAGAGGUCUGGUAAAGCAUAGGGAAGCAUUGUAAAGCACAGAGAGGUCUGGUAAAGCAUAGGGAAGCAUUGUAAAGCACAGAGAGGUCUGGUAAAGCAUAGGGAAGCAUUGUAAAGCACAGAGAGGUCUGGUAAAGCAUAGGGAAGCAUUGUAAAGCACAGAGAGGUCUGGUAAAGCAUAGGGAAGCAUUGUGAAGCACAGAGAGGUCUGGUAAAGCAUAGGGAAGCAUUGUAAAGCACAGAGAGGUCUGGUAAAGCAUAGGGAAGCAUUGUAAAGCACAGAGAGGUCUGGUAAAGCAUAGGGAAGCAUUGUAAAGCACAGAGAGGUCUGGUAAAGCAUAGGGAAGCAUUGUAAAGCACAGAGAGGUCUGGUAAAGCAUAGGGAAGCAUUGUAAAGCACAGAGAGGUCUGGUAAAGCAUAGGGAAGCACUGUAAAGCAGAGAGAGGUGUGGUAAAGCAUAGGGAAGCAUUGUAAAGCAGAGAGAGGUGUGGUAAAGCAUAGGGAAGCAUUGUAAAGCACAGAGAGGUCUGGUAAAGCAUAGUGAAGCAUUGUAAAGCACAGAGAGGUCUGGUAAAGCAUAGGGAAGCAUUGUAAAGCACAGAGAGGUCUGGUAAAGCAUAGGGAAGCACUGUAAAGCAGAGAGAGGUCUGGUAAAGCACAGGGAAGCAUUGUAAAGAACAGAGAGGUCUGGUAAAGCACAGGGAAGCAUUGUAAAGAACAGAGAGGUCUGGUAAAGCAUAGGGAAGCAUUGUAAAGCACAGAGAGGUCUGGGAAAGCAUAGGGAAGCAUUGUAAAGCACAGAGAGGUCUGGUAAAGCAUAUGGAAGCAUUGUAAAGCACAGAGAGGUGUGGUAAAGCAUAGGGAAGCAUUGUAAAGCACAGAGAGGUGUGAUAAAGCAUAGGGAAGCAUUGUAAAGCACAGAGAGGUCUGGUAAAGCAUAGGGAAGCAUUGUAAAGCACAGAGAGGUCUGGUAAAGCAUAGGGAAGCAUUGUAAAGCACAGAGAGGUCUGGUAAAGCAUAGGGAAGCAUUGUAAAGCACAGAGAGGUCUGGUAAAGCAUAGGGAAGCAUUGUAAAGCACAGAGAGGUCUGGUAAAGCAUAGGGAAGCAUUGUAAAGCACAGAGAGGUCUGGACUCUAACCCUGGGCUUGAGACUCAGCUCAGUGAUUUGGAUUCCUGAACAGCUUCUUAGUAAAGGUAUUAUUCAGCAUGCCGUCGCACCGUGAACUAAUAAGAAAAGACUUUCAGUACCUGGCAGGCUCUUGUGACA